GGGGCGGGGCGCGAGGCGCGGCUACUUGGGCUGCAGCCCCUUGCGGGCCUUCCUGCUGCCAGGCGCGCUGGAGGACGCACGGGUUGGCGGGAAGGCGAGGGGACCGUGCGGAGCCUCCGGUCCUGGCGGCGGCAACGAGUGGGAGCCGGGGUCCGGCCGCAGCACGCGAAACAGAGCCGAAGGUGGCGGGGCCCGGUGAAGCCACGAUGAAGCCGAGCAGCGAGGAAGAGGAGGAGUUGGUGCAGGGCGUGGGCCCCUGGGACGAGUGCUUCGAGGUGGCUGUGCAGUUGGCGCUGCGUGCGGGACAAAUCAUCAGAAAGGCCCUCACUGAGGAAAAGCACGUCUCAACAAAAACAUCUGCCGCAGAUCUUGUGACAGAAACAGAUCACCGAGUAGAAGAUUUAAUUGUCUCUGAGUUGCGAAAGCGGUUUCCUUCUCACAGGUUCAUUGCAGAAGAGGCCACAGCCUCCGGGGCCAAGUGUGUGCUCACCCACAGCCCGACCUGGAUCAUCGACCCCAUCGACGGCACCUGCAACUUCGUGCACAGAUUCCCCACUGUGGCAGUUAGCAUCGGAUUUGCUGUUCACCAAGAGCUGGAAUUCGGAGUGAUUCACCACUGCACAGAGGAGCGGCUGUACACCGGCAGGAGGGGCCAGGGCGCCUUUUGCAAUGGCCAGCGGCUCCAGGUCUCCAAGGAGACAGAUCUCGCAAAGGCCUUGGUUCUGACAGAAAUCGGGCCCAAACGUGACCCCGAUACCCUGAAAGUAUUCCUGAGCAACAUGGAGCGGCUGCUGCACGCCAAGGCUCAUGGGGUCCGGGUGAUUGGCAGCUCCACCUUAGCCCUCUGCUACCUGGCCUCGGGUGCUGCUGAUGCCUACUACCAGUUUGGCCUUCACUGCUGGGACCUGGCAGCUGCCACCGUCAUCAUUAGAGAAGCGGGUGGCAUUGUGAUUGACACCUCAGGUGGACCCCUUGACCUCAUGUCGUGCAGAGUCGUGGCUGCUGGCACCAGAGAGAUGGCCGUGCUCAUAGCUCAGGCCCUACAAACUAUUAACUACGGCCGUGACGACGAGAAGUGAAGCCACACAAGGCUCGAAGGCUGAAAUGCAGCAGCAACCUGGGGAAGAGCUGUCCCGGAGGCUUGCGGUGACACAGCUCUCCCCGGGCCUCGGUGCUGAGCUGAUUCUCUCUAAUCUCAUGUAGCCCCCUUCCAGGUCGGUACAUGUUCUUUCCUCAGAGCCAAACUCAAAUCAAAUGUGUGAGGUGUGUGUUAGUCAUCCAUCCUGAUUGUUUUUCCAAAAUGCAAAUAAAUCUCAGGUGAUAAAGCUUUAGAAAGGGCUCUCAGGCCCUCCCCUGCCCGUGGCAAUACAGAAUGCAAUAAAUCAGAAUUCGAGUGUUCUGCUUUGGGUCUUCGUCCAGCCUCUGGGUCUCUGGCAAGGCUGUCACUGCUAUUAACCUGCAGGUUGUAGCAGUGGAUGUCUGGCACCCCGACCAUGGCAACAGUGAAAACUUUCCCUAAAUAUCAGUUUCCUGACCAACAGGCUGUAUUUAAAUACACACAGAUAAUCUUUAGCCAUUUUUUUAUACUGCCUUCAGUUGACCUUCAGGGCGUACGUGUACUGUAUAAAUUAAAAUGUUGUGUACAGAAUCUUUAUCAGAGCCUAUGUGUGUAUUGAAAGGGGGAAAAAUUAAGAAAAUUGCUAAAAUGAAAACUGCUAAAAUGUUUUGUGACAAGCAUUUUUAUAAACAUAAAAUCUUUCAGGAGUUGCAACUUUUUAAAUAGUGGAGUAUUUUUUGGGGGGUCAGGGGAUGCUACAGUAGAACUCAGGCUGUCAUGCAGAGUAGACAGACUUUGCACCACUGAGCUAUAUCCCAGCACUAGGGACCAGAAUUCUGGUUCCAUGUUAAGCUGGGACCCUAGACUGUUGAGCCAGGUGACUGCAGACAAGGCUCUCAUGAACCUGGUCAGUUCUACACCUGGGACGCCACAGUUGCUGUUGGGGAAAGAGACAGCACUUCCCUUCUGUGCCAGAAAAAUACCUUUUUCUUAAUUACCGAGAAGUUUGCAUGUUUCCCUUGUUCUGACUAAAACAUGAGCUCUGUACUUUGUCAAGUACCCUUUCUCUUUGAGGAAAUUGUCUAUCACCUGUGGCCGCACUGGCAAAAAGCAAAGUUCUCCAUUCAUUGUCUUCGUGGGAUCAAUUGUCCCGGUCUUUUCAAGCUACUGAAUACUUCUGAAAGUAGCUAAGCCAUUUUGAGAUGGCUGUUGUGUUCAUCUCCAGAAGCUGCUUUAUUUAUCUGUGUGAUUGUUUAUACAUACAUAUUCAUUCUGGUAGCACUUUUCCAUAGGUGAGUUGCUUUGUUUCUCUAAGAAGGGAUUUUGUGAAUCCCAGGCUGGCCUGGAACUUUCUCUAUAGCCAAGAAUGGCCUUGACCUCCUGAUUCUCCAACCUCUACCUCCACCCCACUGGGAUUACAGACAUGUGCUACCUACCGUGCCUGGCAAUAAGAUGUUUUCUGAUUUACUCCAGUAGGCCUACAUUUGUAUCUUUUCCUUUUUUCACAUAAUAUACUCAAAACAGUACCUAACAGCACCUUACACAGAUACACAAGAAAUUCCUCAGACUCUUCAACAAUUAUGAAGAUCUCCUGGAUUGAAUGAUUAUGAGGGUUAUUUUCAAAUAAAUAACUCCCCAGGUACAAGCUGUCUUUAGGUGUCCUCAGAGCACUUAAACAAGCUGUGUCUGCACUACUCCAAGAAAAAAUAGAGAGCUCUGGGGAACAGGGAAGCCCCAGGGUUGGGCCAGGCAGGGACCCUUGCUGGCUUGCCGGUUCACUCAUUCCCCGAAGGACCUUCCCAGGCGCACAGCUGGCCGGUUGUUUCUGUGCUGCUGCUCCAGGUCACCCUCCCACCAUUCCACUCAGGACAUUUUAUUUGUUUGUUAGGUGGUUGGUGAGUCCAUCCCUUGGAAUUCUUCUGAUCAGCUUCCACACACUUUCCCCUGACUUCUCCCUCUAUCUCAACAGCGUUGCGGUAGCAUCCUGUAGAGCAUCCUGCAGAGCAGCGGUUCUCAACAGUGGGUGGCUGCUCCUCUGCAGGUGGAACAACCCUUUUAGAGGUGUUACCUGAGACCAUCAGAAAACACAUGUAUAUUAUGAUUUGUAACCGUAGCCACCUUACAGUCAUAAAAUGGCAACAAAAAUAACUUAAUGGUCAACAUGAGGAACUGUAUUAAAGGGUCACUGCAGUGGGAAAGCUGAGAACCACUGUGGUAAAGACCUGCUGCCUUUAACUGAAUGAUAAACGCCCUGCCGUCCACAGCAGGGCUCAGUCAGGUGUGGGUUUGUGUCCUCAGGAAAGCCACCAGCCUCUUGCUUCUGUCCUGCCCUUAUCGCAGAACUCUUGAGGGACAUCACUGGGCAUUAUGGGAACGCCAACAAGUGCAAAGCGCGAGGUGGAUUUGCUGUUUGCUUUGUGUUUAGCAGAUUUAUCUCCAACAGUCUCCAAACAGCUACAGUGCAGUGUCCUGCACAAAUUCUCCCCUGUAGCUCCGUUGCCACUGGGUGUGCUGUGUCAGAAUGACCAGCUUCUGCUUCCGUGGAGCUGUCGGGGGAACGGCUGGUUCGCCCAGUGGUACAGAAGAGCGUCGUCAGUCUAUCACAUGUUAUCAAAGUAAUGGCCUGUUGCUCUUAUCUGUUCUUUUAAAAAUAAUCCAAUACAUAAAAAACGGAAAAGUUAUAUGUUUAUGAGAUACAUGUAAUAUUUCAGUGUGCGGUAUGUAAUGUUGAAGUCAGUAAAACUUACCCAGUGA